CCGCAUGCCGAGCACGAAGAUCCUCCUGAUCCCGCUCCUAUCUCGACUGAAUGGUGUCCUUUCGCCAUCAGAAAUCUCCCUUUGCCAACCAUUUCCACAGCUGCAGGAUCCCAUGGUGAGAUGUUCUCGUGGACCUUUCUGACCGACCUUUUCGGCGGACAGGAAUGGUGCCCUGGCUAUUAUUUCAAUAGUAACAAGGACUGCAUGCUCCCCAGCAAAGGCUACUGGCUGGUGGAACUCGAACAUGAGCCUUUCAUGCCUCGCGCACCAGGCCAACACGGUGCCAAAGUGACAACAUUCUUCAACGACACUCCGGUUUCCCAGGGUAGAGCGCCCAAACUGAAGAAUUAUAAAGACACGCCAGUCUUCGUGAGUGCAGAUCGUGGCAGGAACUACCGAUAUCUUGGCCAAUACAGCCAGCUGCGAUAUUCAGAUAAGAUUGGAUAUGACACUCUGAUGGAGCACAUCCCCGAGUCUGUGCGUCGGCACCAUGUCGAACAGCUCGCUCGAGUCGGCCGUCCUCCAUGGGUAACAUGGUGCAUGAGGACCCAUUUCUGGCCGAAACCAGAGUACAAAGGGCCCAUGCCAACAGACUCUGCGUGCAACACUCCCCAAUCAGCUGCGACUGCCCAGGGCUCCAGCGGCGGUCUCGAGCGACAUGUUAAGACCGCUUUCGACCAAUACGCUCUGGAGCUCCAGGAGUGGGAGCAGGAUUCGGCAAUGAGAGUCAACAACCUCUACGGAGAAGACGGAGUCAGGGCUCUCCUCGAUGCGUACAACAUGUCAGAUAUGCAACAAGGUCUGCGCCUGUGGUGGGAGUAUCAACAGUGUAUCGGCUACGACGAUGACUUUUACGAGAUGCUCGUG